CUGUAGAAUUCAUAGGUUUAGGUAACAUGGGAGGACCCAUGGCACAGAAUUUGAUAAAACACGGUUACGCACUCGUUGUUUAUGAAGUCUACCCCGAAGCUAUAACACCCAUACAAGACUUAGGAGCACAGGUAGCAGAAUCACCAGCUGAAGUUGCACAGCGUACAGAUCGAAUUAUAACAAUGUUACCAUCUAGUACACGUGUACAGAGUGUAUAUGCAGGAAGUGAUGGCAUAUUAAGUUCCAUAAAGCAAGGCAGUUUAUUGAUUGACAAUAGUACAAUAGAUCCCACAGUGUCUAAAGAUAUGGCAGCAUUGGCUGAGAAAAAAGGCUGUGUGUUUAUGGAUGCACCAGUGUCUGGAG